AUUAUUCGUUCGACGUUCGCCGUUCGCCUCGUAAAAGUUGCGGAGGAAAGUUCGAUCCUCACUGGUCGCGUUCGAUUUGUGGGUUGAUUGUUUUCGGUAAUUUCCGUGGCCAAAAUGGACUAGAUUCGAGCGGAAAAGUGCUAUAAAGUGUUCCCCGUAACGUAGUCUCAAAGCUGCUGUUGAUAAACGUUGAUAAUUUACUGAUAGAGAUAGAAGCAAUCUACCCGUGGAAAGUGGUCCGCCAUCCGUGGAGGGAAACGAGUUGUAGGAGCGGACAAUGAUCGGCGGACUUUUUGUCUACAAUCACAAGGGCGAGGUGCUGAUCUCCCGCGUGUACCGGGAUGACAUCGGCCGGAAUGCGGUGGACGCCUUCCGGGUGAAUGUGAUCCACGCGCGGCAGCAGGUUCGCUCGCCGGUGACCAACAUCGCUAGGACCAGCUUCUUCCAUAUUAAGCGCGCAAACAUUUGGCUGGCCGCCGUCACCAAGCAGAAUGUGAACGCCGCAAUGGUGUUUGAGUUUCUUCUGAAGAUCAUCGACGUGAUGCAGUCCUACUUUGGCAAAAUCUCUGAGGAGAACAUCAAGAACAACUUUGUGCUGAUCUAUGAACUGUUAGAUGAAAUUCUGGACUUUGGCUAUCCGCAAAACUCGGAUACCGGCGUGCUGAAGACGUUCAUUACCCAGCAGGGUGUCAAGACUGCCACGAAGGAGGAGCAGGCCCAAAUCACGUCCCAGGUGACCGGUCAGAUCGGCUGGCGUCGGGAAGGCAUUAAGUACCGCCGGAAUGAGCUAUUCCUGGACGUCCUAGAGUAUGUUAAUCUUCUCAUGAGUCCCCAGGGUCAAGUCCUGUCGGCACACGUUGCCGGCAAGGUCGUAAUGAAGUCCUAUCUUUCAGGUAUGCCCGAGUGCAAGUUCGGCAUCAACGAUAAGAUCGUGAUGGAAGCGAAGGGACGCAGCGGUAUCUCCGGCAAUGCGGACAAUGAAGCGUCCCGUUCGGGCAAACCGGUGGUCGUGAUUGAUGAUUGCCAGUUCCAUCAGUGCGUAAAGUUAAGCAAGUUCGAAACGGAACACUCGAUCAGCUUCAUCCCGCCGGAUGGGGAAUUCGAGCUGAUGCGCUACCGCACGACCAAGGACAUUUCGUUGCCAUUCCGAGUGAUUCCGUUGGUGCGCGAGGUCGGUCGCACGAAAAUGGAGGUCAAGGUGGUGCUCAAGUCGAACUUCAAACCAUCGCUGCUGGGGCAGAAGAUCGAGGUGAAGAUUCCGACGCCGCUCAACACGUCCGGAGUACAGUUGAUCUGCCUCAAAGGCAAGGCCAAGUACAAGGCGUCGGAGAAUGCCAUUGUGUGGAAAAUCAAACGGAUGGCCGGCAUGAAGGAAACGCAACUGUCGGCUGAGAUCGAACUACUCGAGACCGACACGAAGAAGAAGUGGACCCGACCGCCGAUCUCGAUGAACUUUGAGGUACCGUUCGCGCCGUCCGGAUUCAAGGUGCGCUAUCUGAAGGUAUUUGAGCCUAAGCUGAACUACUCGGACCACGAUGUGAUCAAAUGGGUGCGCUACAUCGGUCGCAGCGGGCUGUACGAGACGCGCUGUUAAUAACCCAUAGGAAAUCAAUAAUUCUGCUGAUUGCAAAAAUCUUUUGGCUCUCGAUAUUCGUGGUACAAGUUUACCCACUACUAUUGCUAGUAGUAGGAUUGAUAAAAAAAAAACAAAAAAUGAGGACCGAUCGAUGGUCACACAAAUCACGAAUUACCAGCAUCUCUAUGUUCUAUUCGAUAGGGAUGUCAGGUCUGUAUCGACGACAUUCUUCGACCCUGUUAUUGUGGAUUAAUUUAAUUCAUCGACGUUGAGAAAUUGUGAAACAUACACACUUACAUACACGCGCAGAUAGUGCAUACAAAGAUUUUCAUUGAAUGUGAAAGGUAAUUGUGGAAAACUAUUAUUAUCAAACGCAGAACUAUUGGACAAAAGCAAGAGUUAUCAAAGUAUGUUUAGGCAAACAGGCUAGCAGCAAAUGCUCCUUAUUCUCGUUAUUAUGAUUACACACAUUAUAUAUAAAGUAUAAAAGGUAACAAUAAUAAAAUAUGCAUAGUUCAUCCUCUAAAACAAACUCGAUUUAAUUAGCAGAUUAGACCAUUGAUUGGAAGAAUGAGACGAUGUAGGCUAUUCUAGUAAACAAAAAAAAAAAUGCGAUAAUGUUGGAACAAAAAAUCAAUACAUUUUUCCUCUUAUAACUCCUAUUUAAUAGAUGCAUUAUGGAUUUUCCAUUAUUGGUUACUAAUUUGGGUACCGACCUACCAACCAACCAAGCCAACCAAUAAUAAUGAGUUGAAUCUCAACCUACCAUUCGCCGCUUCAUUUUCCCAUCGUCGCUGUGUGUAAAUACUUGUUGUUCGGUUUGAAGCUUUUCUAACGAUUUUUCUCGAUCCAUUCCAUUAGUUUGAUUCUGCAUCCUUUUCUUCUGUUAGAAAGUCUUUUUAUUUUCGUUCAACAUCAGUAGCAACACUAGAAUGAUAAGAUUCGAAUCGAACUAAGAAAAAAAAAAACUGUGUGUACAAAACCAAUACACAAGGAUCCCCCACACGUUGUAAAUGAAGGAAACUAUGAAGGUGCAUCAUAACCACGAGAGUAAACUA